AUGGAUGAUGCUGCCGUGCUUCGGAAGAAAGGCUAUAGCCUGAGCAAGACGCUCGGAGAGGGCUCUUACGGCAAAGUGAAAUCUGCCUACUGUGACCGGCUGAAACGCAACGUGGCCAUCAAGAUAAUCGACAAGAGGCAAACUCCUCGGGACUUCCUGGAAAGAUUUCUCCACAGGGAAAUAGAGGCCUUGAGGCAUUUGCACCACCCGUCAAUCAUCAAAGCACAUGAUAUUUUUGAGACAUCAUCUGGGCGAGUGUACAUUGUGAUGGAGCUGGGGGAAAAGGGAGACCUCCUGGACUACAUCAAGACGACAGGAGCUAUGGAAGAGGACAUAGCUCGCACCAAGUUUCAGCAGUUGGCUUCUGCCAUCAAGCAUUGCCACGACCUGGACUUCGCUCACCGAGACCUGAAAUGUGAGAACAUCCUUCUCGAUGAGGACCUCAACAUCAAGCUGUCAGACUUUGGCUUUUCCAAAGCCUUGUCCCGGGAUGAAAACAGCAGAAUUAUUCUCAGCAAAACCUUCUGUGGAUCUGCUGCGUAUGCAGCCCCAGAAGUGCUACAGGGCAUUCCUUGUGACCCCCAGAUUUCUGACAUAUGGAGCCUGGGUGUCAUCCUGUACGCAAUGGUCUACGCUCUAAUGCCGUUUGACGAUUCCAAUGUCAGGAAAAUGAUCCGUAUGCAGAAGCAACACAGGAUUCCUUUCCCCAGCUCAAAAUACCUGACUGUAGACUGCAAGGACCUCAUUUACCGCUUGCUCCAGCCCAACGUGUCUCAGAGGUUGCGCAUAGAUGAAGUUUUGAAACACUCAUGGCUGCAGACUCCGAAAUCCACGAUCCCUUCCCCUCCCAAGUCACAUCCCAUUCUGCGGAAGGGGGAAAGAAGAAAACAGGAGCCUCUUAAGGAUGGCUGGUUUCAACAAUAUCACAAAGCUGGUUUAACUUGUGAACUGCUGGUUCUCAACUUCAGCUUCUCUCGACCAUUUCAGCAAGAGUUCUCAUCUUUUGCUCCACAAAGCUGCCUGUACCUUUAA